GAUGUUUAUCUUUCACAUAAACAAUCUUUUCACAUUCAUAGAAUAAAAUACCUGGCAUAUCUAUUCACAAUCACAUGUGUCUGCUUGCUCAUGAGACAAUUUCAUUGGUUAAAAUGCAAAAAGUAUCCUAUUGGUUUAUCCUUAUAUAGAUUAGUUAGCCUUCUCUCCCUCUCUCUCUCUAGCUACCUCUAUAGACAAACAGAAAUUAUAUAUAUAUAUAUAUAUAUAUAUAUAUAUAUAUAUUAUUAUUAGCUAGUGAAGAGAGCAAAGCUAACGGAUCGAUCGAUACUUAUCAGUCUGUUAUAAAAUGUGAAUUGUGAAUGAAAGGCAGCAAGGCAAGAUUAGUUGACGUGGAAUUCACUGGGUUGGGAUAAAUAAAUUAACUUGGAGAAAUAUAUUUAUUUCUCUUCUUCUACUUCUGUUUGUUUUGCUGCUUUAAAAUCUGUCAUUCCCAAUUUUCUACUUUCUUCCCUUCUCGUCCUUGUUAGUGAGUUAGUUAGCUAGUUAGUAUAUUUGUUUGUUUGCUAACUAGCUAGUUAUUGUGUGUGUGUGUGUGUGAGUUAAAGCCGUAUUCCCUAGCCUUGUUUUACAAUUCUCUUUUGAUCGGGUCAUCCAUCCAUCCAUCCAUCUGCGCUUCACCAAUCGAUAUUGAAGCCUACAAAAAUUCUUGAGUAAAUUAUUUAGACCAUCUGUUAUUGGGAUAAAAGUUAUUAAUCUUAUACAUUGAAGAAAAUAGUUUUUUCGGAGUUUUAUUUCAUCCACAGUGUAUAACACACACUAGUAGAACUUGUAGUAGUCAGGAAUAAGAAGAACUGAAAAUGCCCGAAGAAGAUAAAAGCAUUAGCCCAGCUAAGAAGGAGGCGAAUACAAAAACUGGUGAAACAACGGAGACAAAAGUCAGCGAGUCGAAUGCGACAAGUGGAACGGCCUCUGCUGCUGCAGCUGCAGCAAAUGCUGGUGGUACUGCUGAACAAGAAGCAGAAGAAGUUAAAACGUAUAAAUGCGUAAAUCUUACAGCAUUUGGUGGUUCUAAACAUGUGCGAGUCGAUACGAAUGAAGUGAAACCUGUGGGGAAAAAUGAGGUGGCUAUUGAGGUGCAAGCAUGUGGGAUCAAUUUCCUUGAUAUAAUGACAAGACAAGGAUUGAUUGAACAGACAGUUAAACCACCAUUCAUUAUGGGAUCUGAAUGUACUGGAAUUAUUAGUGAAGUUGGUGAGAAAGUCAGCACUUACAAGGUUGGUGAUCCAGUGGUUGUACUACUUGAAAAUGGUGCUUGGAGUCAACGUCUUGUACUACCAGUUAUAGAAAAAGCUAGCGCGAAUCAGUCAAGUUCAAAUACCCCAGCAGAAGAUACAGAAAAUAAUGAAUCAACAGAGAAUACAAUCAGUUCACUUAUUUUGCCUAGACCAAAAUCGUUGGAUGUUAAUAAAGCCGCUGUGAUUGGAUAUGCUUAUAUACCAGCUUAUAUUUUAAUUCAUCAUAUUGCUAAUAUACGUUCUGGUGAUAUCGUUUUGGUGCAUUCAGCUGGAGGUGGAGUGGGAACAGCUAUUGGCCAGCUAGUCAAGCUUAUUCCAAAUGUCACAUUAAUUGGUACAGCUUCAAAAGCUAAACAUGAGAAAUUGUCUAAAAUCUAUGAUGUUCUCAUAGAACCGGAUCAAGAUUGUAUUGCAGAAAUUAAAAAACUUUAUCCCAACGGGAUUAAUGUGGUCCUCGAUUGUAUAAGUGGUCCGGAUACUAACAGACUAUAUGGCGUAUUGAAACCUCUUGGGAAACAUAUAAUUUAUGGCAUGUCCAACUUGGUUACUGGAGACAGGAAAAACUUUCUAAACCUGGCAAAACAUUGGUUCCAUAUGGAACGUAUCAAUCCAUUGAAGCUACAUGAUGAAAACUUAGUCCUAGGAGGUUUCUUCUUAAAAUCAUUUCUAUUCUGUCGUGAUCGAGGUCAAAAUGAAAUUCACAAUCUGAUUCUUGAUGUUUGGAAUGAGUUAACAAAGCUGAUUGAUGGUCAGAAAAUUGAUCCAUGGAUCGAUAGUCAGUGGUAUUUCGAUGAAGUCGGUGCUUCCCACUGAACUCAGCGAGUAUAUCAGGUCUUCUGCAAAUGACUAACACCCUUAGGAAAGUGAAAAAGAGCCUGAUACUUCUAUCUAGUUUUCUGACAAACUUGCCACUAUGCAAAUACCAUAAACACUACUCUUUCAUAAAUCUGUAUAAGUAAGAUGCAGUAAGACAAACAUUACACGGUAUUCGAAUCUUCAGACGAUGGACGACCAGAAAUUAUGUCGUACAGUGCACAGGAUUCACUUGCAAAUAGGUCAUGUAAAGAUGAUAGUCUCUAACCCGACUAAAGAGGCAAUGAUGCGUUUACAAGAAAGAAAAAAUAUUGGAAAAGUUGUACUGAUUCCAAAGAUGAAAGAAGUGAAACCUGAAGAAGAGAAAACUGAAAAUGCUGAAAAGCCAACAGCUGAAGAAACCACAGCGAAUUCGCCAAAGAAAUAAUAUUAAUAAUUAUUAAAAACUGAGUCAUUUUAGAGGAUCAAAGAUGCUGUUCUCUCUCUCUCUCUAUCAUACACAAAUGCAGUUGAUCUCUACUAUUUGUCUUUGUCUUCCUGUAGCCAGUCAGUAUGUUCCUGCUUAUGUUUGUUGUGUUCGUUUUAUUCCUCCCCUUCUCUCAAUUCGCUGUCACUCUCGGUCGUCUGAUUACAGAAUGAAUUAUCCCUUUUUAUUAUUAUUAUUAUUAUAUGACACAUCCUUGGAAGAGAUUCACAUCACUUCUGUUUGGUAAAUCUGCUUCACUCUAAACAUCCCUGAAAAAAGCAUUCUAAGCACUGUCAUCUUUUUGAAAUUAUACGCUUUCGACAGUGAACACUUUAGUCAUUUGUCCUUGUUGCAAUGUGUUUUUUUUGUUGUUUAUUUUUGUUCAUGGUUUUUAUUAUUUUAAUUUGUGAUAUUACUUGAAAGAACGUGUUCCAGUUUUCAGUUUCCCAGUCACGUAUAUAUAUAUACAUAUAUAUUCUGCCAUAUUCAGUGUUCAUUGUUGAGUGAUAUUCACUUUUUGUGCUUUUGAUGACUAUUAUUAUUGAUUAUUCGUAUUGUGAUGUUUCGUUUCUUCUAUUUUUGACUUCGUUGUCUGACACGCACACACCUAUACAUAUAUAUAUAUAUAUAUUUGUUGGUCGCUGAUAAUUGUGAUAAUUACAAUAUAUUGAAUUAAUUAAUUAAUUUA